GUUUUUUUUUUGGCAUUAUAUGAUGUGAUCCGAGCCCUCAAUCAGAAGCUAUUUUGUUUAUGACAAUGUGAUGUGCUGCGAGUCAUAAUUCUGAAGCAAUGUUGUGAAUUGUGAUGUCACAGGUGUUAAAGAUGUGGAACGGAUGUUUGUCGGCUGGCCUGGCGUCAGCGUCACCGACGAGGACGGCCAAACAUCCAUCAAGAAAGAGCUACUUAAGAAGAGGUGCGUACCUGUGUUCCUGAGUGAGGAGUUAAGGGACCAGUACUACAGCGGGUACUGCAAUAACAUUCUAUGGCCGCUCUUCCAUUACUUGGGGCUUCCACAGGGGUACAAGGUCAAUAAGACAAAAGACUUUAAGUCACAGCUUAAGGCAUAUACUGAGGCAAACAAGAUGUUUGCGGAUACUCUGUGCGAAAUCUCUAAGGAAGGGGAUAUCAUAUGGUGCCAUGACUACCAUUUGAUGUUACUUCCCAAGUUAUUGAAGCAGUCCAACCUGAACAUGAAGGUGGGCUGGUUCCUGCACACACCGUUUCCUUCAUAUGAGGUUUACCAGGCAUUGCCGAACCGCAAAGAGCUGUUGCAGGCUGUGCUUGAAGCUGACUUAGUGGGGUUUCAUACGUACGAGUAUGCAAGGCACUUUGUGAGUGCUUGCACCAGUCUGCUGGGUCUUGAGGGUCGCCUUGGAGGCAUUAAGUUUAAAGGAAGGAUUGUUAAAGUGGAUGCUUUUCCGAUCGGGAUAGACGCUCAGCAUUUUAAAGAAUCUUUGGAUCUUAACGCAGUCAAAGGGGAAAUAACCGAAUUCAAAUCAGUUUUUGCUGGUCCAAAGGUAAUGCUUGGUGUUGAUCGGUUAGACAUGAUUAAAGGACUUCUGCAAAAGUUAUUGGCCUUUGAGAAAUUUCUUGAGGAGAACAAGGGUUGGGAAUCCAAAGUGGUCCUUCUGCAAAUUGCUGCGCCAACUAGAAGUGACGUACCUGAAUAUCAAGAGCUGAAAAGUCAAGUGCAUGAAAUGGUUGGACGUGUAAAUGGAAAAUUUGGAACGUUUAAAACGUACCCUAUUAUAUAUCUGGAUAAAACCGUUGAGUUUGAGGCAUUGUGUGCUCUUUAUGCAAUCACUGAUGUGGCUCUGAUAACAUCACUGAGAGAUGGAAUGAAUCUUGUAAGCUAUGAAUAUGUUGCCUGUCAAGAAUCAAAUAAAGGUGUUCUGAUACUGAGUGAGUUUGCAGGGGCAGCGCAAUCUCUUGGGGCUGGUGCUAUUGUAGUAAACCCAUGGAAUAUUGCGGAAGUAGCAGGGGCAAUAAAACAUGCUUUGGAUAUGUUACCUGAUGAAAGGGAGCGACGUCACAAGCAUAAUUAUAAAAUUGUGUCAGCACACACUGCACAAGAGUGGGCAAAAAACUAUGUCUGGCAGCUAAAUGAUGCAGCAAUUAAAGCUCCGUUAGGAACAGGAGAAAGUCUUCUUGGACUCCCUAUUGAAGAAGCAGCUGAACAAUACGCACAAUCCAAAAGUCGGUUACUCAUAUUGGGUUUUAAUGCGACAUUGACUGAACAGGUCCAAUCUUCUGAGAGAAGGGCUACUGACCAAACCGGGAACACGACACUCAAGUUGAACUCUGGGUUGAAGGGAGCCCUGAAAACCCUUUGUGAUAAUGAGCAUACAACUGUCAUUGUUGUCAGUGGUUAUGGCAAAGAUGUUCUCCAUGAAAAUUUUGGAGAAUUUAAAAUGUGGUUGGCGGCAGAGAAUGGGAUGUUUCUACGACUAAAUGGUGAAGAAUGGUUCACCACAUCAUCUGGACAACUGGAAAUUGGCUUCCGUGAUAGCGUAAAGGUCAAUUGUGAACCGCGUGAAACAUCAAUUGUGUGGAACUAUGAAUAUGCAGAGGAUCAUUUUGGAACAAAUCAGGCAAAUGAUAUGCUACAGCACUUGGGGGCAUAUUCAUUGUCAAAUCAAAGUGCUGAGGUUGUUCAAGGCAGCCGGUCAAUUGAAGUGCGCCCUGUGGGAGUCACCAAGGGUAAUGCCAUCGAUAAAAUUAUGCAAGAGUUAGGUCACAGGAAAAUCAUAACCACUUCAAUUGAUUAUGUCUUGUGCAUUGGCCACUUCCUUGCGAAGGAUGAAGACGUCUAUACCUUACCCCAAUUUGAUGUUGAACCUGAAUCGGAAAGAAAAGCAAAGGUGUGGCAAGCAGAUAUCAUGAACAUCAAGUUUAACCUGAAACGUGACAAGUACUUCUCGUGCACUGUUGGGAGGGAAUGUUCUCUAGCACGGUACAAGCUCGAGGGAGCUAGCGAAGUCGCCUCCUUACUGCACAAUCUUGCAUCUGCUGACCGAGGAGAACGUGACGACUCUCGUCCCACGAAGAGACAAAAAGAAGAUCAUGAUUCAGGAGCUAUGAGCGAGUAGUGCUUUUGCCUUUUUCUCAUUCAUUGACUCCAAAGGGUACAAAUACUAGAAAAAAGGGUUCUUCACUUUGGUACAGAUACUAGAAGGAACUCUAGGCCAAGCAGAAAAAAGGGUACAUAUACUAGAAGAAAUUGUUUUUUUGGAUCUAAGAACCAAAAGGAGGUUAGAGAAUUCUUCACUUUGGUGGCUGAUCUGCAACCGCACAAGUUUUGAUCGAUGCAUGUAUAGAACGUGAUGCUGUAAAAGCGAGACAUGAUGUCACCAAAGUACGAUUCUUUUGUAGUUGAUUUUAUUCAAUUGAAAAUCGUCUUUGUUUCUUUA